AUGGUCGUUUCCGAGCUCGCAAUCCUCCCCCUCACAGCGAAAGAUGAUCUCGGCUCCGAAUUUUUGGCCCUGCUGGAAAGGUGCCAGGCCACCCAAGAUGCAUGGGUGUUGAAGGACGACCCCUCUCUACCCGCAGACCGUACGGCGCGUGGCACGUCCAUGUACCGCCAGCUCGAGGACCCGACGGUUCUGCUGCUCACGGCGCAGUGGGAGUCCCCCGAGGCGCACGGCAGGUGGAUUGCCUCGGCUGAGAACGCGUCCGUGAUGGCCGAUCUCAGCCCGCAUCUUGACACGCAAGGCCGGACGAGAGAUCGCUCCUCGAAGCGCCGGUCAUGA